GUGGGCGGGUGGGUUGAAGAUGGAAUCUAACUUAAACAAAGUGCUGAGCAUGAAUCGCCAGCAACUCAGCGGUCAGCUGUACAAGUACACAAAUGUAGUGAAAGGCUGGCAGUACCGGUGGUUUAGUGUGGAUGCACAGGGUGGGCUGCUUAGUUACUAUCUGUGCGAACCGGCUGGCGAAGAUCCAAACACCCACAUCGUCGGUAGCGCUCCUCGCGGCCAGGUCCAUCUAGCCGGAGCUGUGAUCUGUCCGAGCGAUGAAGAUUCGAAAACGUUCACCGUGAACUGCGCAUCCGGAGAUAUGCUGAAGCUGCGGGCAGUAGAUGCACGGGCUCGUCAAGAGUGGGUUGAUGGAUUGCGGGCCGUCGUCGAGAGUCAUUCGAAUUCUACCGGAACUGCUCUUCCUCCGCGCGAUCAGCUGGCAGCACAUGAUGCGUUCGGUGCGGCAAGACAACAGCUUCAGCAGACAGAGCUGAGCAAUGCAGCCCUUGCACGUGCUAUCGAGAAUUUGAACGGUCCGCUCUCGAACACCGAUCCGGAUCUGCUCAUGGUGAAAGCAUUAUCUGCCGCUAGCACACACUGUUUGCUACAGUGUUUAGGUUUAUUGCAAAGGCAUCAGGAAUUAGUUCCCGAUCCAAGACUGGAACAAAGUUUCUAGCCAAAGCGACCAUUGUCCCGUGAUGGGUGUAAUAGAAAUUCGUACUAAAAAAAA